AAGCUUAAUGAAGAAGCCAAAAAGUCUCGACUACCUCGUCAGUCUACUCGCCAGCCAUUAUUUACCGAAGAAGGGCUAGAAAAGAGGUUGGCCAGGAAGCUCUUCGGUAGGAAGUGAGCAAGAGCGACCAUGUCCAUGAGGGAUCUCCCAUACGAUAUUUUCACCAACAUUUUGUCAAGGAUAUCAAUCAAGUCGCUUUUUCGAUUCAGGUGCGUAUGCAUAUCCUGGCGAGAUUUCCUUUCAGAUCCUCAUUUCAUUAAGCAACAACUGAUUCGAUCAACUGAAACUAAUAUUUCCAACCCCAAUCUCAUCCUCAACUGUGGAUCCAAUCUAUACCAUGUCCUCUAUUCCAUUCACAAUGACACUUGGGAUGAUGAACCCGUAAAGCUUGAUUUGCCCUUCAAGCUUUCCAACAUUGGAAUUGUUGGCUCUUGCAAUGGCUUGGUUUGCCUUUUGGGUUACUCUAAUCGUGUCUACGAUGUCGUCGUCUGGAACCCAAUUACCAGAGACUACAAGAAAUUGCCUUACACAUCAUUACAGUUUCCGGGUCGUACUGUUUCUCGUUUCCCUGUUAUGGGUUUUGGUUACAGUCCAUCAAAGGAUGUGUACAAGGUGUUAAGAGUUAUUUACUUCCAUGUUGAUGGUAGGACGGCCAGUUCUUGUCGUUCCCUGGUCCAGGUUCACACCCUUGGAUCUGAUUCAUGGCGAAGGAUCGGGGAAAUCCCCUUUGAGAUUCGUGAUUGGUUGUCGGGGACUUUCGUUAAUGGAGCUCUUCAUUGGUUUGCGAUUCGCAGUUCCAGACCGGAUACAAUUGUUUCUUUUGAUGUUGGAGAUGAGAAGUUUAGAAAAAUUCCACAACCCCUCUUUGGGGAUGAUGGUUUUCUGAAAAAAUUGGAGGUUUUGGGAGGAUUCCUUUGUAUGAUUUGUACAUACUAUGAUAAUCGUGUCAAGAUAUGGGUGAUGAAGGAUUAUGGAGUGAGAGAGUCUUGGAUUAAACACUUCUCCAUCAGCCAACCCAUGGUUGUUGGCAAUUUUAAACACUUGAAGCCACUUGGGUUUACAAAGAGCGGGGAAAUUCUUCUGGAGAUGCAUGAUGGGAAGUUAGUUUUGUAUGAUCCGGAAAGAAAAUUAUUUAGCAAUUUUAGAAUUCCAGGUGUUCCAGUUUGUUCUGAGGUUGGUGCUUUUAUUGGGACUCUUAUUUCACCUAAGGCUUGCAGUAGAAAUGAGUAGCAGCAUGUGUGAAGAGAUAAUUUAUUAAGUGAUGGCAUACUUGGAGGUAUUCUAUAUGGCUUGAUGCUCUUUUAUUUUAUUUUUCUAUGUACUUCUUGUGGCUUGAUGCUCUUUUUGGUGUAUAUCAUAUUUAUUGACAUAAUUGCAGUUCUAGGCAUGGUUUAUAGAAUUGGUUUCUUUGUUUGGCUUUA